AUGAGCACACGAGGCACUGGAGCUCGCAUCCCUGGGGCUGCCGCGCUUGUUACUCCGAUUCCUAACCGAGGUCAUGACGGACUUGCCUCUACCAUUGAGGCUCCGGUUUCGGCUACCCCCAUCUCUAUAUCUUCAUCUCAUUCAGCAGAAUCAGCAUCCAACUGCCCUGAUGCGAUUCUAUCUGUAGGCUUGGCCAAAGAAUCUAAAUCGCAUAGCAUAGACUCAUUGGCUACUGCGGCAACACGUCUUGCAGCUGCUUCUGGAACCGCCGUUGCAAACGUCGAUGCUACUGAUGGAUCUGGAAAAAAUGCACCUCACGACGUUAGCUUGGACGAGCUUCGCAGUUUGGAUGGAUUCGAUGAAGAUGAUAAUGAUGAGGACUUCUUCGAUGCUGAGGAGACAAUGGCUGACUUUUUUGUUACACUUCCGCGCAGCGCCGAGGAAGCUCUAGCUGAAGCCGCCAGGGAGCGGGAGUUUCGAGCGUUGGCUGGCGCCAAAGGCAUGCGUGAUAACGACGCCAGUGGAGACGAGGAAGAUGAUGAUGAGCUAGAUGAAGACGUUGAGGCUGGUCAGGAGGCUGGUGAUAUGAUGGAUCACAUAAUGCAUUCAAACGAACAGCGCAGUCGGCACAGAUGUUUACGCGAGCCCAUCCCUAUUGGCAUUGAUAUUAGCAAAGAAUAUGAAUCGGAUGUUGGAGACGCUUCUUCUUCCUCAAGCGCUAUUUCGGAUUGGAGAGGCGGGUUCGUUACAGGGACUGGAGCCGUAGGAGGAAUAGGUCUUGCUUCAGAGGGACGCGGAGGGUCUGAAUUGCGCAGGAGGUCGCAGCAUCGACUUAGAGAGGUGCAUGUAGUCCAGAAACGUGGAAAACGAAGCAAACCUGACAGGUUGGUUGGAAUGCACGUGCGCUUACUGUUCAACUACGCAAACGAGUGCUUUAUUUGGGAUCUUAUAAACGUAUAUAACAAUAAAAUAACAUUUUUUUAUAUCUAA